GCUGUUAGAGGCGCGCUGGGCGGCCGCCGAGCAGACGCCUCGCUUCUAGCUGCGAGCUCCGGUCUCCCGCCAUGGCCCCCGCUCCGCCCCCCGCCGCUUCGUUCUCACCCGCCGAAGUCCAGCGGCGCCUGGCGGCCGGCGCCUGCUGGGUUCGCUGCGGCGCCCGCCUCUACGAUCUCACGGGCUUCGUGCGACACCACCCUGGGGGUGAACAGCUGCUCCUGACAAGGGCUGGCCAGGAUGUUAGCGCCGACCUGGACGGGCCGCCGCACCGGCACUCAGCGAACGCACGACGCUGGCUCGAGCAGUACUACGUGGGUGAGCUGCAAGGAGACCCGCAGGGUUCCGUGGAGAAGGGGGCUGUAGCCUCAGCCAACAGUCAGAAGACAGACCCUCCGCUGGAGCCCAAGCUCAAAUUGGUGGACUGGGACAAGGAUCUGGUAGACUGGCGGAAGCCUCUACUGUGGCAGGUAGGCCAUUUGGGAGAGAAGUAUGACGAGUGGGUCCACCAGCCAGUCACCAGGCCUAUCCGCCUCUUCUACUCAGACUUCAUUGAGGCUCUUACCAAGACUGUCUGGUACAGCGUCCCCAUCAUCUGGAUGCCCCUAAUGCUGUACCUCAGUUGGUCCUACUACCGAACCCUCGCCCAGGGCAAUGUCCGACUCUUCGAGUCCUUCACCACAGAGUAUUCAGUAGCCAUGCCCAAGUCCACAUUCCCCGGCCUCUUCAUGCUGGGGGUAUUCAGCUGGACCCUGAUCGAGUACCUCAUCCACCGCUUCCUGUUCCACAUGAAGCCCCCCAAGGACAGCUAUUACCUCAUCACGCUGCACUUCAUCUUGCACGGGCAGCACCACAAGGCGCCCUUCGAUGAGUCCCGCCUGGUCUUCCCCCCAGUGCCAGCUUCUCUGGCCAUUGCCUUCUUCUACAUGUGCUUACGGGUCCUCCUGCCCGAGCCGGUGGGCGGCUCUGUGUUUGCCGGGGGCCUGCUGGGCUACGUGCUCUACGACAUGACCCAUUACUACCUGCACUUCGGCUCCCCGCACAGGGGCUCCUACCUGUACCACCUGAAGGCCCACCACGUCAAGCAUCACUUUGCACAUCAGCAGUCAGGAUUUGGCAUCAGCACUAAUCUUUGGGAUUACAUUUUCCACACGCAUAUGCCAGAAGAACCCCACCCGAAGACACAGUGACAACUCUCAGCCCCCUCCCCACCCUUCCUCCCCACCCCCACCCCAGGCAGACGCUGAAAUGAAGGUUGGCUUGGUCAGGCAGAAUAUGCCUUGUCUGACCAUUGGGCUGGGUGGAGGGCACUAGGGAGACCCUGAAGACUGAAGCUGACCCGAGACUGACCUGCCACUUGGUGACCAAACAGCCUUCGGGGACCAGCUCUUUCCUAAAGCAUCGGCCUCUCCACCUGUGUUGCUGCCUAAAGCCUGAGCCCACAGGGCCGCUUCAGGGCCGGCCAGUGGGAGUGCCCCCAGGGGAAUGAAGGAAGCUGACCCCUGGGGCCAAAUGGGCCCAUCAGUGUCUUGGCACCUUGGCCUCACAUACGGUGCAGCUGCCGGCGUGCACAGAGGCAGGUCUGCAGGUCUGUGGCCCUCACCUGCCCGGCCUUCCCUUCCUGGAGAGGGGUCCGUGGCUCUGACUGUCCUGAUGAGUGGGGAAUGCUGAGGUGGAGUAAGCGCUCUCAAGAGGAGAGACAGCAUGAUGCCUCCCCUGUGCAGGCCACCCCAGAUCUGGAGCAGCCUGUGCCCCCUCCAAUCAUGGAUGCCGACUGUACUGCCCACGCCUCACCUACACCCACCCUCGCCUGUUGGUGUGGGCCGUGCGAACUGAGUUCUGCAGUCCCUGAAGGCCUCCAGGCUGGCGGGAACCUAUCCCUCAGCUGCUCUGGCCUUCUCCCCCUGCCUCCUGAAUCACAAAGCCUGCUCCCCAAGGGAGGUUAGCAAGACCUCCCCAUGGCCGGGGCCCUCCCUCACCCCCUGUCAUUCUCAACAUCGACAUACCUGGCACAGGGUGCAUUUGUCCCCUCCCUCGGGACCCUUCCACAAGUGCCUCCUUAAGCCUUCAAGCAGUGCCUUACCACCCCCUCCCCACACCCAGCAGGUGAGGUCCCCCCUUUCUUCCUCAUAACCAAAACCCUCACUGCUCAUAAGAGGGUCUUAUUUAUAAACUGUAUCAAGCCCUUAGUCUGGCCCCAGACCCAGUAGCUGCUCUGAUCCCCUUUCUAAUCCCACAUAUCAAGCUUAUGUUUAAAAAAAAAUCCUAUUUUUUUUCCCUUCUUGCCCAUAAAUGGUUACUACUUGAAACUUAAAAAACUCAAUAAGUGUAAAGGCUAUAGAGAAAGGUUUUGACGGAUUCUGUGAUUUGUAUUGUUUACUGCGGAGUUAUUUAAAGAUUUUGGAAUAAAUAUACAAACUACAGUUGUGAAAUAAAAGUGUAAAUAAAUUGUAUAUUUUGAAAAAUAAAAACACGGAA